AUGGCGAACCCUACCAAUUUGUGCGACUUGUUCUAUCAAACAGUCCAGAAAUGGCCAGACAACAUUGCUGUUGAUCACGCAGAAGGGUGUCUGUCAUACCGACAGCUUGACACAUCAUCGUCCACAGUGGCAGGUGACCUCCAGCGGCUCGGAGUUACAAGGGGCUCAAUAGUUCUUCUCAUAACCAGUCACGGCAGUUUCAAUCUUGUCGCAAUUCUCUCAAUUCUUAAGGCUGGAGCCUCCUUUGUUCCCAUAGACCGCAGAAGGUGGUCACAAGAUAACAUCAAUUAUGUUUACAACCUCGUCGAGAGACCAGUCGUGGUCAACACUACGCCAGAAGCCUUUCACCCUCCUCAAGGGGAAUGUCAAAUUUUUAACCUGUUGGCCCUUCCCACAUCUCCUGCGGAAGAAAGUCAACUUCCAGAGGGUUUCCAUAUUCAACCAGAAGAUACAGCAUGUAUUAUCUUCACUAGCGGGAGCACGGGCCGGCCCAAGGGUGUCAAGAUAUCGCACAAAUCGUUGUGUGUGUACUCCAGAACAAGUCCUGUAAACAUGGGCAUUGUCCCUGGAGACAGACUACUUCAUAUAUUAUCAGUUGGAUUCGAUGCUUGUACGUGCAUGUUGUUCUCGGUUUUGGGCAACGGCGGAACUAUAGUCCCAUCAGAAGCAGAAGAUAUCUACCAGAGCGCACCGUCAUGUACUGUCUUGGCAGCCACGCCGUCCUUGCUGGCAAUGCUUCCAACUCCCUCCACAGGUAAGGAUAUGUAUUCCAGGAUACAUACAAUUCUCGUCGGAGGCGAAACGGCAUCGCCGGACCUCUUUGGCGCAUGGGUUGACGCCGGAGUGAGGGUGCUGGCCGCAUACGGAGGUACUGAAACAACGGCCCUAGGAUGCGUGCAAAAGGUCGAACGAGAUCCAAAGACUGGAAAGAUUAAUCCUUUCUUAAUCGGUGGAUUCAUGAGACAGAGUCCUUGCUGGCUCUUACGUGACAACCUUACAGCAAUAAACGAGGCAUACGUUGAUGGAGAAAUCAUCAUCGGAGGUGAUGGUCUUUCAAAUGGCUAUUUCAAGAAUGAAGAAAAGACAAACGAAAGCUUCAUAACUUGGAAUGGACUUCGGGUGUAUCGAACUGGAGACUAUGGUCGAUGGGUCCAAGGCCCGUCUGGCGACCGAGUUAUCGAGUUCCGAGGACGCAGAGAUCGAACAGUCAAGAAUAGUGGAUUUCUUGUGAAUCUUGAUCAAGAUGUUGAGGAUGGAUUACUCCGGGUCGGGCAACCACUUGGAGUUAGAACAGCUCACGCGGUGUGGACGGAGAACGGUAUCAUUGCGGUCAUAACGCCGUCGAGUGUCGACAUUGCGACUCUUCUCUCCAAAGCCAACGAAAGCAUGUGUUCAUACUUCAUACCAUUCAUGAUCAAAGCCACCGAUUCUAUUCCAUUGUCACCGAAUGGAAAGAUACAGACACAACAGCUGCUUGCCGUACUUAAUGCCAGCGCUGAGGGUCAGGCAAACGAGAUUGCGGAAAAGGGGGAGGCGUCAACACAUCCAGAACACGCUGGACUUGACCAGUCGAGUUUCAAUCAUCAGUUCAAGCUUGAAAGAGUGCUAGAGGCGGCCUCGGAGGUGUUUGAAUUCAGACCUGAGAAACUGAAGACACUACGUGGUGGUGAAUCGUUCAAUGAGCUGGGAGGAUCGUCGCUCCUCGCGUUGAAAUUUGUCUCUGUUCUUCGCCGCUUUGGGGUCCAAAGCUCUGUGAGAGACAUUUUCAAGCAUCAAACAUUCUCCUCCAUAUCGCACCACGCUUCAAUUUUGCCCUCGUUAGAUUCAGCGACUAUCGAGGCUACCAGGGAUCCAACUACUGUAGGAAUGCUACCAAGCCUUCGCGAGCAGACCCGCGAAUUUUUAGGGCUGGACGGAGACAGCUUCGAUGUCGGGCCAUUAACCAGCUUUCAACUUGAACUGGCGUUGCCUACAUUGAUGGAUGACUCAAAAUAUGUGAACCAAAUCAAACUAGCCUAUACGAACUCUCAGUCAGUCGCAAUGGAACGAGCCUGGCGAGUAGUCUGGCAGUCUGAGCCAAUUUUCAGAACUGAAGUGUCUCUGGCCAUUGGAUCUGGUGUGCAGGUUGUCCACAGGUGCCCCUUUAGAAAGCCAGGGACUUGGAACUACGAUUCUCAUGUUGAAUAUCGAAAAGCUGUUGAGUCAACCAGCUUGUCUAUUGGUCUCGGAUGCUCUCUGGACUUUUUCAGAUACGGAGUAGAGACAGAGAUUUCGAACGUUCCCCAUGACAGUGUAUCGCCCACGGGUGAGGAAGAGGCUCUUACAGUUGUACUCACAAUUCAUCAUAGCCUAAUGGAUGGUUGCUCCCUAGAGCUUAUACUCGGCAAUGUCGAAAGGGCAGCGUUGGGGUUGUCAAUACCGCACAGUGUAUCUGCAAUUGACACGAACCUUGGGCUCAUUGACAUCCAGAUUACCAAGGACCAGGAAGUUAGAAACUUCUUUCAUGAUUAUUUAGACGGACUCGACACCCAUGAAGAAGUCAUCGAGACUGGUAGCAAAGGCGACUCACGCGAUCCCAAAGCCACUGCCGUCGCCACAUUCGAAGCCUCAGUGGGCAAAUACGAGGCUAUACAAUUCGCACAGCAAAACGGAGUCUCAGUUGCUUGUCUCUACAUGACGGCGUGGGCAAUGGCACUGAGUGUUCUCGAGAUGAAUCCCACUGUUGUCGUUGGAUCAGUAUUCUCAAGCCGAGGCGCCAUCCCCAAUCACGAAAACGCAGUUGGUUCGUACAUAUCAACUCUCCCACUAGUCUUUAGGUUUAUUGGGGACGAGACCAUUGUGAGUCUGCUUCAAAGAGCGAUGGACGACCUUGCCGCGGUAGGCAAAUAUGCCUGGGCGCGCUCCGACCAGAUCGGAACUGGCUUCAAGAUGCGGAAUUUGGUUGCCCUGCAGCCUAAUCUGCAUGAUGAGCAUCCCAGAACCAAGCCAAUUCGGGUUGAGUCUCUGGAUAACAGCGAUUUCCCACUAAGCCUGCUGGUUGAUUCAGACGGCAAGUUCCGAAUCUUAUACGACGAUUGUGAAUUUGAGAACAAGACGGUCCGUCGAAUCGGGGAGAAUUUUCAGUAUUCACUACAUGCUAUUCUCCAUGCGACGCUUGUAGAGGAUUGUAUGAAGCUGAACCAACUUCAGGAAAGCGUGAUACAGAUGGCGAAACAAGUUCAAAUAGAGCCUGAUAACCUCACGGUCAAACAGGUCUUGGAGCAAUCCAUUGAUAAAUUCAGCCAGCUUGUGGCUUUGGAAGACUGCUUAGGCACGACCCUCACGUACGGCGAGAUUGACAAAUUAUCCAACGCGAUUGCACAUCAUAUACUUGCACACUCAUCCGGCAACGUCAUUGCCAUCUACGGCGACGGGACCAUACAAUGGAUUCUGGCGUUAUUGGGCGUCGUCAAGUCUGGUGAUACAUUUGUACCCAUUGAUCCAAAUUGGCCCAUGGAACGACGGGAAGCAGUUUGUGAAAAGAGCGGUGCAUCUGCAAUGCUGGUGUCUCAAGAGACACAGAAACAUGAAGCUCCCAAGCUUUCAACAUUGAAGGUUCUGAUCGUGGAUAACAUAAUACCAGGGUUCUCAUGCGAGGACAACUUGGAGAGACUCCCGGACACAGCGUCUCCCGGCUCUGACUUUGUCGUCGUCUUUACAUCAGGCUCCACAGGUACACCAAAGGGUAUUCCAAUUUCCAAUCGUGGGCUAUUGACAUGUCAAAGCAACUUGGAAGCAAGCGUUUAUGCGUCUCCCGAGCGGCGCAUUGCUCAAUUCAUGUCACCGGCUUUUGAUGCUUGUAACGUGGAGAUAUUUUCUACGUUUCUCCAUGGAGCUACACUUGUGCUUCGAGAUCCUGUCGACCCGUACGCCCAUCUUUUGAAGGUGAAUACCGUCAUGGCAACUCCAUCUGCGUUGGUGGCAAUGGAUGCUGAUGAACUUUGCAACAUAGACAUGAUCAUCUCUACGGGAGAGGCGGUGACAAACGCCCUCAUCGAAAAGUUUGCCUCUCGGGUGCUUCUUUACAAUGCUUAUGGCCCUGCCGAGUGUUCCGUCUUGGCCUCCUUUGGGCGAAUGAUCCCCGGAGAUACCCUCACAAUAGGCGCCCCUUUAGAAACUGUACGCAUUUACAUACUCGACGAAGACAAAAAGCAUGUCCCUUGCGGAGAACGGGGAGAAAUCUACCUGGCUGGCAAGCAAGUUUUGCGAGGAUACAUCAACGACCCGGACAAGUCGGCGCAACAAAUCCUACCUGACCCGUGGCAUACGGACGAGCACAUGUUUCGCACACGAGAUUACGGAACUCAAGGAAAAGACGGACGACUGACGUAUCAUGGAAGAAUAGAUCGAGUUGCCAAGAUACGGGGUUUUCGCGUCGAGCUAGCAGGAGUGGAAUGCGCGAUCAUGUCAUGCGGAGGUAUAUCACACUGCGCCGCCAUUGCAGUCAACGGAACACUGGUGGCAUACAUUACUUGCGACAAACAGCAGGAAGCUUCAGAUACUUCCAAGAAGGCAGCUACUAUUCGCGAAAGACUAGGCGAGAUGCUCUCUACGCCCUGGAUACCGAGUGCGAUAGUUCCUCUGGCGCAGCUUCCAAAGACGCCUAAUGGAAAGGUCGACUCUAAAGCUUUGGAAGCACUGUAUACUACUACUCUACCCUCUCCGGACGGUGGGUUUCGAAAUUCGUUGGGGAAUGGCAUUUCUGAUAAACUCGCCGAGCAAUGGCGUCAGGUGCUUCGACUGGGACCGGAGAAGAGUCUUGAAGACGAUGACGAUUUUUUCCGUCUUGGCGGCCAUUCAAUAUUGCUCAUGCUUCUUGCGACGAGACUCACAGCCGCAUUCUCAAAAAAGGUUAGGGUGCGCGAUCUUGUUGUCUCUCCUUCAUUCCGCGGACAGUGCGAUGCCAUCCAACGACUAUUACAUGGCACGACUUCAGACGGCAUUGCUGAAGUGAAUGAGAAACUCCCUCCCGAAAGUCUUACGGAGCUGGAGCGGCAAGUUUGGUUUCAGUAUCAAGUCGCUACAACUGUUACGACUUUCAACAUUGCCUGUGUUCUGCAUGUCAGUGGCAAAGUUGAUCCGGACAACUUGACGAAUUCUCUCAACACGGCGCUUGCGUCAGACCCUGUUCUUUCUUGCCACAUGGCAGAGGGAGCGAAUGGGCCCAAGAGAGUCAUUUCAGAUGUUCCCCCAAAAGUGCGUCAAGUUACUCAUCUCGACCUGGAAGCUGAAGUCAACUACCGGUUUGAUCUUGAGCAGGAUACUCUCAUCCGCGUUCACUUGGUCCGAGCCGCCAACGGCGAGUCUACACAAUCAUCAAAUACCAAGUGUCAACUUAUGAUUGUAACCUCUCACGCCGUUGCUGAUCUCGGCACAUUGCAAAACCUGCUGAGACUCACGAGCGUUGCCCUAGCUGGAGGAACUGUAACACAACACGACAGGCCACAGCACCUGGAAUCUCCUAAAUGGACCCAACGUCCCUCUCUUGAGGAAAAGUCCUUCUGGAGAAACUACCUCAGCGGCCACAGCUACAAUGACCACAGACCAUCACUCCUGCGUCGUUCGUUUCUACCGUCCCCCUUGGCCACCUUCCAAGGUUCUUCUCGAAGCGUCGAGUGUAGUGGCCAGGUCGUAACGUCCCUGAAUAAGUGCGUGAGGAGACUCGGCAUCACACAUCACCAAAUGGCCCUGGCGGUUGCUGCGCUGCUCCUCCACUGGCUCUCCGGAGAACACGAUAUUGUUCUCGGUGCCCCGAAUGCCAAUCGGUCAACGCUCAAAGACGAAGAAGCCCUGGGUCAAUUUUUGGAUCGGCUCCCCAUCCGAGUACGGCUACCGAGGCUUUCGAAUCAGCAUCAGACCAAGAUCAGCACAGUAUUGGUUGAAGUACGCAACUCGGCCCUGAAGGCUCUAGCACAUGCCAUUUCUUUCAGCGACGUCCUAGGUGUACAUGGAUUCCCAAAUGGACAUCUUCACCAUCCCCUGUUCGAAUGCAUGGUUACAUUCCACACUCGCAGCAGCGGUCUUGACAAUUGGCUACAGAUACCAGGCUGCCAAGUCUCAUCAUCUCCUCAGUUUGCCAACGGGUCCAAGUUCCCGCUCAUGAUGGAGUGGUUUGAGCUAGCAAAGGAUAGGUGGUCGAUCCACCUGGAGCAUGACACGAGCUACAUCCCUCCUAGUUCUAUGGACAUUGUCGAAAAAGCCCUGGGUGUUAUCCUCAAUGCCAUGGCGGACGAGUGUUCCCUCUCCGACUUGCACGAUCAACUUGCUGAUCUCAAGGUUUCGGAGCUCGACUCAGCGGAGGGUAGUCCGCCGUCGAGUUCGGGAACUGGAUCGCCCCGGUCCAGCGAAUCUUCGUACUCGAUAUCUGUGGAUGAGAUGGCAGACACAAUUAGAAGUGAGAUGUCAGCUUGUCUAGGGCCGACGUCCAAGUCUCUGUCGAAUAAUGGUUCGUUCUUCUCUGCUGGUGCGGAUUCCAUGGCCGUCAUGUCGUUGCGGCAUCGAAUGCGGAGGCUUGGAAUCGAUUUGCCUGUGCGUUCUAUCUUUGUGGGAAGAACACCUCUGAAGCUCGCUGAGCUGGUCCUUCUUUAA